AUGAUACCUACGGGUAAAGAACUACUUGUAUCGAGCCCAGAUGAACUGUCAGUUUUAAUUAAAAAUACUGGUACAUUCAACUGCGAUCAAUUAAGGUCAAGUCAUAUAGAAUCAGCCACGCGCCUCCUUCAAAAUGCGUCCGAAAAACUAGGACAGAACUAUAACAUUACCAUCAUUAAAUCAACAAACACGGAUCUUCUACUAUUGGCGAUCUCAGUAAUGAAUACUAGUAAUCCAACAUGGGUAGAUGUUAGUCCAGGUAAUUCGAAGAAUGAAGUAAAAACACUGGACGUCGCUGAAAUAUAUCGAGAGUUUUUCAUCAGAUAUAUGGUGCCGAAUGAAAUAUUAUUAACUCUACACGCCUUAUCAGGAACCAAGUUAACAUCACACAUACGCGGUAUCAGCAAAAAAACAAUCUUCGAAGCAUUUUUAAAUAAUACNUCAGUAAUGAAUACUAGUAAUCCAACAUGGGUAGAUGUUAGUCCAGGUAAUUCGAAGAAUGAAGUAAAAACACUGGACGUCGCUGAAAUAUAUCGAGAGUUUUUCAUCAGAUAUAUGGUGCCGAAUGAAAUAUUAUUAACUCUACACGCCUUAUCAGGAACCAAGUUAACAUCACACAUACGCGGUAUCAGCAAAAAAACAAUCUUCGAAGCAUUUUUAAAUAAUACAGAAAAAUUCGAAAAACUACAAGAGUUCGGCAGAUUUCCUUUAUCAGAUGGCGCAGUAGAUGCGGCAGAACGGCUAUUGCUGAAUGCGGCAAAAAGUACGCAAGAAACUCUCGAUAAUGCCCGUGGAAAAGCCGCAUUAAGCUAUAUGAAAAAGGGAGACUUCAGUGAUUUAUUAUUAAAGCUGUUGCCUACAUCGAAUGCCUGGUUACAACAUUGCCAACGAGCUAAUGUAAUGAUCAAUAUUUGGGGCCAUGCAUUAGAAACGACGUAUGUAACUCCUCAAUUACAAAAUAACGGAUUCAUUCUACAAGAUGAAAGUUUACAAGUUCAGUGGAUAUCGAUUCCGACAUGGCCGCAAAACAUAGCGGGAUUACGAGUGUGUGUGUGCGAAAAGGGAGAUUGUUCGCGUUGUUCAUGUCAAAAACAAAAAUUAAACUGCAUCCCUGACAUGUGCAGUUGUAAUCCUACAAUUUGUACUAGGAGGUAG